CCUUAUCUUUCCAUGUUAUUCAUCAUUCUAACUCAUGUAGACAAUCUUUUCAACUAGUUCAGAAAUGUAACGAAAAUUUCAACGAGCGGGUCCAUGCUUUCUUCUUUCUUUCUUUCUUUUGCUUGCAAUGAAGUUGUUAUAAUAUGAAUAUAUGCAUUGUGGUUAUUGAUCUCUUUACCCAAGAUUUUACCGCUUUCACCAUGGAAACAUCAUAAGUGAGUGAAUUACCGUAGAUUAGUGAACCACAAGCGUUUUCCCCAUUUAUUAUUCAGCGGCGAAUUGAGGUAGAACUGCGGUGAACCAGUCUAAAAUAAAAACUUGAUGCCUCAUUUUAAUUAUAGGUCAUCAGAAUCAUAAGAUAUGGCUGGCUGAAAUCAGAGUGGAUAAACUCAUACAUCUGGCCGUCUAAAUUUAUAAAUUCAGUUGUUUUUCAUUCAUUUAUCUGUUCCAACGCUUUCGAAUCUUUACGAUCGGUUUUAUCGCGCUGAUAUUCGUUCGUGGUUAUACUUGGUGUUAUUCUUGCUAACCAGAAAGUAAUUCAUUUUUCCCAGCUCUUAUCGUCAGUUCGAAUAUACAGAGAGGUCAAUAUAAACAAACAAAGAUCUCGAGGAAAAAUCAGUAGAAAAGUUAAAGCAGAUAUGCCACUUUUAAUGCUGCACUGUUAUUGUUGUUAUUUAGUUUAUAUUAUUGUAAUUUGAUUAGAGUGAGUGUACAAAUUUUCAAUUGAUUUCCAAGAUGUGAAUCACUUUCGAGUUUAGCAUACCAGCGGCUUGCUUCGAUUCGAUGGACGAUUUCGGUGGUUUUUUGAGUGCGGGACUUGUGAACGUAAACUGUGUUUUCAUAAAUGUUCUAUUUAAAACAGUGAAUGGACGAAAUAUGUCUUAUUCUAAAUUAUUUGUGAGCGUUGUAUGUCUCAGUGUUUUCAGUGUCUUUAUAGCCAAUGGUAAUCCGAUUACAAAUGAAGCCGCCGAUACUAGUCGUCAGUGCACGUAUUACGAUUUGGCUUCAACAUUCAAUUUAACGAUCGAUAAACAAUUCGUUGCAGUUUAUAAUUCAGCUCUCUGCAAGCAGUGCAUGCAUAAAUUACUAUUAUUCAAAGCAUUGCAACUUCGUUUUGAAAUUGCCGAUUUCGACGAUAUUCUUUUUAUAUGGCUAACGACUGAACGCUCGGACACACCAGAAUUCCUAAAUUUGCAAUCAAAAGCAGGUGACAUAAAAGUUAUUUCCUUACAUGAUAUCGAUAAUGACUUCUUUGUGGCGGAGACUGUUUACACAUUUGAUAAGUGCUCACGACUUACAUAUGAACUGUUCCCACCUUGGAGUGAACUUCAAUACCAGUUGGUAAAAGCAGCUUUACUUUCCACGUGCUACGAUGCCCCAUGCGGGCAAUGUGAAGAGGUUGAUAUGGACGUACUUUCUGACUUCCUUCUGUUGGAAAAGGAAUUGACCACAACAACAGACUCCGGCGGAGGGUCUUCAACUGAAGAAACUCAAACUAUCGGUCUACCAGAUGAUGGAGAUGAUGAGAUCGACAAUUUUUAUCCUCUUGAGGUCGAAAACAACGACACAGCUUAUGUAAUUAAUAUGCAAACAAUUAUACCAGUAGAGCACGUACAUCAUUUACAGAACAAUACAUAUAUCAAAUACAAUUAUAUUGUUUUCAACUCUGAAGUAAAUUCAACCUCAUCAUUAAUCGAUGGACAUGAACAUUUGAGCUCAGACCAAACUGAAAUUCUAUAUGAUGAUCAGGCGGUGAAUACGAUCGAUUCGAAUAAAACUAGAAUUCCAGAAUAUUUACAUAAUUCAGAGGGACUCAGAUUUAAAGUAACACCUAGUGAACCGGCUAAUGUGAAUUCUACAGAAAAGCGUGUUAAUAAGUACUUGGAAGUGAAGCAAGAUUCAGACGCCGAAGUUUUAAGACCUACGUUAAGUCCUAAUAAUUUACAGAAUAUGACCACUUCAGUCAACCCGUCUAUAAUAACUAAAUUGAGAAAAUGGAUAUCAUUCCGACUGAUAAGUCCAUUUUUGCACGUCUAGGUGAUGUCAUUUAAUUACUUUAGUUGUAGGGUUAGGUCCCGUGCGCGGCGCCAAGCAUUCUAUUGAUAAGACGUUAGAUGUAGUGUAUUUAUGAAAUCAAAAUAGAGAUGAUAUUCAUUGAAGAAAA